ACCGCCUGGAACGCUGGAGCGAGAGGACGCUCUCCAGGGCGCUCCUCCAGAGCGGAACACCACCAGAAAUGGAAUCCAUGGUGCAAACAGAGCCUGCAGUGAUUAUUAAGGAAGAGAGUCCAGAUACAGAUUCUCCCCCAAGUUCACCUCUUGUGCAAAGUGAUGACUUCCAGUGGGAUGUUUACUUGAAAAUGACUGGAUCUGUAAGUGCUCCUCCAGAGUUUUUCAGACAGUCCACAACUGCACCAGAUAAUGACUUCAAAGUUGGUAUGAAAUUGGAAGCUCGUGACCCUCGCAAUACUACGUCAGUUUGUAUUGCCACAGUCGUUGGAAUUACUGGUGCCAGGCUACGUUUAAGACUGGACGGCAGUGAUAACCGUAAUGAUUUUUGGAGACUUGUUGAUUCCCCGGACAUACAGCCUGUUGGAACAUGUGAAAAGGAUGGGGACUUACUUCAGCCUCCCCUGGGGUACCAGAUGAAUGUAUCAUCUUGGCCAAUGUUCCUCUUACGAACACUAAGUGGAUCUGAAAUGGCAGCUGCGACACUAUUUAAGAAGGAGCCACCAAAGCCAGCACAGAAUAAUUUUAAAGUGGGAAUGAAACUUGAAGCAAUAGACAGAAAGAACCCUUAUCUCAUCUGCCCUGCAACUAUUGGAGCUGUGAGAGGAAAUGACAUUUAUAUCACAUUUGAUGGCUGGAGUGGAGCUUUCGACUAUUGGUGCAGUUAUGAUUCUAGAGAUAUUUUCCCAGCUGGAUGGUGUAGAAUGACAGGAGAUGUAUUACAACACCCAGGAGAUAAUGUGUACCAACAUUCAAUGCAGUGUCCACAGAAAACUGAACCAGAAUCAAUUCAACAGACUAAGAAAACUCGGACUAAGUCACUUGCACAGAUGACAGUCUCCAAGAAGGGCAAUUCUCUUAAAAAUUACACAUCAAAGAAAAAAACUCAAAAGGAAAACAAUAUUUCUAUUUUGUGUUCAACAUCUGAAACUGAUGUAAAUUUUGAUGCCAGUAACUAUAGCUUUCCACAUGAUAAGGAUAUCUUUCCCGGGACCUCCAAAAUAGUGAUGUCUACAGUCUGUGUGUAUGUCAAUAAACAUGGAAAUCCUGGCCCUCACCUGGAUCAGAGAAAAAUCCAGCAACUGCCAGAUCACUUUGGCCCUGGCCCCGUGAAUAUUGUGCUCCAGCGUACUGUGCAGGCGUGUGUAGAUUGCGCCAUUCAAACCAAGACUGUUUUUGGGUUCCUUAAGCCUGAUCAUCGUGGAGGAGAAGUGAUAACUGCCUGGUUUGAUGGGGAAAGUCAUUUUGUCCAGCUCCCUCCAGUAAACAGUGCAUCAUUUGUUCUUCGCUUUCUUGAGACCUUCUGCCAGAGCCUACAGUGUGAUAACCUUUUGAGUAGCCAGCCUUUUAGCUCUUACAGGAGUAAUACUCAUAGCCCUGAGGAGCAUGAUAAUGAUUCAGAAAAAGAAGACUUAUUGAGAAAGAAAUGCAUCAAACGAUCUCAGCAAAAACUUUUUGAUUUUCCUAUAUCUCCUAAGUUACCCAAAACAAGCAUGCUUUUUCUUAAAGAACGACUUAUGACUCCAGAAGGAAAUGACAAACCCAAAGAUUUGUUUCCUGGUUUCUUUAAGACAUUAGAUACACCAUUCAGUUUUAAUCCUGUCAAAAGUCCUACCAGAAAUCCUGUAGACACUCAGAUCUCAAACAUCCCGAGUUUCCCUUUCUCUAUAACAAGUGCUGCAAAUUCAUCAAUAGGUAUGCGUUACACAUUUGGACCUGAUCCAAUGAAACAAACCUUCUUUAAAGAACCUUCUAGCUGGUCUGUGGAAGAAGUAAUACAGUUUAUGAGAGAAACAGAUCCUAAGACAACAGCUCUCCUGGAAGAUCUCUUCAGAGAACAUGAAAUUGAUGGGAAGGCUCUGCUGCUACUCAAGAGUGACAUGGUGAUGAAAUACUUGGGCCUCAAGCUUGGGCCUGCAUUAAAGCUGUGCCACUACAUUGAAAAGCUUAAAGACGGGAAAAAAUAUCAUUGAAAAAAUGUUUAUCUAACUUUAGAUUUGACAUAUUUUCUCAGGUGUACUGGUAACUUUUAGAUUUAAAAAUAUGUCAUACUUGCAGCAAUUUUUAUUUUGCUGAACGAUCCUUAUUGCAGGCAUACAUUACAGUCCAAUCUUCCUAUAAAAGUAUUUUAAUUUUUGGAUUAACAUUUAAGUUUUGUGAAUAUGUUUAAUGCCAAAUUUUACAAAUUGUACUUCAUUUUAGGAGAUAAGAGGAAAAACCUUUGCUUUUGGUUAAUUUUAUAUCUAGAACCAAAGCAGCUAAAUUCCAAAAGGGAAAAUAUCAGGGGCUAAAGCUUUUAAAGAGUCAAUCAAUCUGUGAGAAUUUUUCAUUAGAAGACAGUUUUAGGGUGCAACUAUAGAGCAUCUAUCAAACAUUUCACAUGUAUGGAUUUUUAAAAAUGUUUUACCAACUUUCAGAAAGGGAAUAGCCAUAUAAAUGAUUUCCCUUUCUGUUAUUUCUCAGUAUAUUUGUUCAUAUUUAAAGAAAAAAACCCAAGCUUAUAAGCUUUUGUGAAGUGUUCUUAACAGUUUUUUUUAUAAAUUAUAGAAUAGAUAGGAUGAUCAUUUUAUGCAGGAGCUGUUUAUACUGCAAGUUUAAUGCCAUCUGAUUAUAUUUUUUAAUAGAAUGCCUGUUAGUUUAAGACUUCAUAUUUUGGCUAAGCUUCCACACUUAACUACUCAUUAAUUAUGCACAUCUAUCUAUAUAUAAAAAUACCCGUGUUCAGUUUCUUAAGAGAUAUAUAUAUUUUAAUGUGUUUAUUUCUCAUGGUACUGUACCAUAUUUAUAUUUUAUUCUAUAUCUGUAGGUAGACAUACAAGUAAAGUAAAUCUUUUCUUUUUGAAUUGAAAAUGGCACUUUGCACUGCCACAUAGGUAAUGGUAAACUAUGUGUAUAGUUAGGUUUUUGUAAGAGAUAUCUGCAUCGUGUGCUAUCACGAGUACCUCUCAGUUACUCUUCAGGGGAUAAGAAACAAUCAAUAGAUUGGUUUCCAUACAGGGAAGUUCUCUGUCCUAUGCAAUGUUUUUGUUAAUUUGUUUAGUUUUGAGCCAUUUUGAUGCAAAAGUUUGGAAGCCAAAUUCAUCCAAACUUGUCAUUUUUGGACUUGUUUUCAAAGUUAAAAAGUGGGAAAUGAUGCUAAAUGUUUAUUAGUUUUUUCUACAACUUUGGGUAGUAAUACCGAUAAGCAAUGAGAAUCUGUGCUAAUAGUAUUAGCCAUUUGUUGUAGUUGCCAAUAAAAUGUAUACCAGUGGGAAGAAUGUUUUUUUUUUAUUUUAGAAAAGUCAAAUAUGCUUUAUAUAUGAAUGCAACUAUUUGCUAGGUAUAUGUGGUUCCAUUCAUGUUACUUUUUACAUUUUAAAGGACAAGAUUCUAACUUAAACAUGAUCUGUUUUAAAAUUCUUUGUAUGAAGAUGUUAUGCCCAGCUAAACAUUCCUCAGGUGUUUCUAUAAAGUGUUUUGCAGUUUUCAAAUUUUGAAUUACAAUAAAGUUAAAUAAAUA